AAAAGAACUAGAGAAGAAAGAAUCUUUCACCCCUUUCGAACUCCGCAGCUUGGUUGCUUCUUCCUUGAGCUAGUCGGACCUACCUUUCAGUGAAUUCCGACGAAAAUGUUGUCGCCGGAGCUCCAGCCGCGAUCAUUCCGACCGUAUAUCUCGUCUUCAGUAAGCGCUCCAAGCAUCUCCUCCUACAAGCAUGCCUCGCAGGAACGCAGCAGCGCUAACCCUAAUGUCACCAGUUUCAACUACAGCAACAGUCCAUCACCCUCCUCCUCCUCCUCCGCCGCCUCCGCUCCUCGAUCUCUCAAGAACUCUCGGUUCUCUCCCUCCUCCUUCGCCUACAACACUCGGCUUGCCCUUGCUCUGGUCCCAUGCGCCGCCUUCCUCCUCGACCUCGGCGGCAGCCCCGUUGUUAUCAUACUCACUAUAGGCCUCAUGCUCACUUACAUCAUCGAUUCUCUCAACUUUAAAUCCGGUGCCUUCUUUGGUGUCUGGUUUUCCCUGCUCGCCGCUCAGAUCGCCUUCUUCUUCAGCAGCUACAUGUACUCCACUUUCCAUUCCAUCCCUCUGUCUCUUCUCGCUGCAUUUCUAUGUGCUGAGACCAACUUCUUGAUAGGCAUAUGGGCAUCGCUUCAGUUCAAGUGGAUUCAAAUCGAGAACCCUACAAUUGUUCUCGCGCUUGAACGUCUGCUCUUCGCGUGCGUCCCUUUUGCGGCCUCGUCUCUCUUCACUUGGGCUACCAUUUCUGCCGUCGGUAUGAACAAUGCCUCUUACUAUCUCAUGGCAUUCAAUUGCAUCUUCUAUUGGAUUUUUGCGAUUCCUAGAGUUUCAUCUUUUAAAACCAAACAAGAGGUUAAGUUUCAUGGGGGAGAAGUUCCAGAUGAUAACUUGAUUCUCGGUCCGCUAGAGAGUUGCUUGCAAACUCUAAAUUUGCUGUUUUUUCCCCUGAUGUUCCACAUUGCGUCGCAUUACUCGGUGAUGUUCUCGUCUGCUGCUGUUGUUAGUGAUUCGCUGCUUCUUUUCUUUAUUCCCUUCUUGUUCCAACUCUAUGCUUCAACAAGGGGGGCGUUGUGGUGGGUCACGAAGAAUGCAGUCCAGCUUCGUAGCAUUCAGUUGGUCAAUGGCGCUGUUGCUAUGAUUGUUGUCGUGAUUUGUCUUGAGAUUAGAGUUGUUUUCCAUUCAUUUGGGCGGUACAUACAGGUGCCACCGCCAUUGAAUUAUCUUCUUGUCACUGCCACCAUGCUUGGAGGUGCUGCUGGAGCUGGUGCUUAUUCCCUGGGUAUGAUAUCUGAUGCUUUUAGUUCUGUGGGGUUCACGUCUUUGGCUAUAGUUGUCAGUGCUGCUGGGGCAAUUGUUAUAGGAUUUCCUAUACUGUUUAUUCCACUGCCUUCAGCUGCUGGCUUUUAUUUGGCCCGUUUCUUUACAAAAAAGAGUGUCCCAUCAUAUUUUGCAUAUGUUGUGUUUGGGAGCUUGAUGGUAAUGUGGUUUGUCAUGCAUAACUUCUGGGAUCUAAAUAUAUGGAUGGCUGGCAUGCCCCUUAAAUCCUUCUGUAAACUAAUUGUUGCUGAUACUGUCUUAGCCAUGUCUGUUCCUGGAAUAGCCCUUCUGCCUUCCAAGUUUCAGUUUUUGACUGAGAUUAGUUUAAUCAGCCAUGCAUUGCUUCUAUGCCACAUUGAGAAUCGUUUUUUCAACUACUCAAGCAUAUACUAUUAUGGUUUGGAGGAUGAUGUGAUGUAUCCAAGCUACAUGGUUAUUUUGACAACUUUGGUGGGAAUGGCUAUUGUGCGAAGAUUAUCUGUAGAUCAUCGCAUCGGACCCAAGGGAGUUUGGAUUUUGAGUUGCCUGUAUUGCUCAAAGCUAGCCAUGUUAUUUAUUUCAUCAAGGUCUGUCGGGUGGGUGUCAGCAGUCCUUUUAUUGGCUGUUUCUCCUCCAUUGCUUCUUUAUCGGGAUAAAUCUAGAACAGGAUCAAAGAUGAAGGCUUGGCAAGGUUAUGCCCACAGUGUUGUUGUUGCCUUAUCAGUCUGGUUUUGCCGUGAAACAAUUUUUGAAGCCCUGCAAUGGUGGAAUGGUAGACCUCCAUCUGAUGGUUCACUUUUGGGUUUCUGUAUUGUCUUGACGGGAUUGGCAUGUGUCCCAAUUGUCUUUCUUCACUUCUCUCAUGUCCUGUCUGCUAAGAGAUGCCUGGUGCUAGUGGUGGCAACAGGUCUUCUGCUUAUCCUAAUGCAGCCACCACUUCCCCUAUCAUGGACUUACCGGUCUGACUUAAUCAAAGCUGCUCGUCAAUCUGCUGAUGACAUCUCUAUAUAUGGCUUCAUGGCAUCAAAACCCACAUGGCCAUCUUGGCUUCUUAUAUUGGCAAUUCUGCUCACUCUAGCAUCUGUGACAUCUGUCAUACCUAUUAAGUACAUUGUGGAGUUGAGAGCAUUUUAUGCCAUUGCAAUUGGAAUUGGUCUUGGUAUUUACAUAUCUGCCGAGUUCUUCCUCCAGGCUGCUUUCCUGCAUGUGCUCAUCAUUGUAACAAUGGUUUGUGCUUCUGUUUUUGUGGUCUUCACCCAUUUUCCAUCAGCCUCAAGCACAAAGCUCUUACCAUGGAUAUUUGCCUUACUUGUGGCCCUGUUUCCUGUAACCUACCUAUUGGAGGGUCAAGUGAGAAUCAAAAGCAUCAUCGAAGGUUAUGGACUUGGAGAAAUGGGUGAGGAAGAUAGAAAGCUUACUUCUCUUCUGGCUGUUGAGGGGGCAAGGACUUCUCUUCUUGGUCUAUAUGCAGCGAUCUUUAUGCUUAUUGCAUUGGAGAUAAAGUUUGAACUGGCCUCACUUAUUAGAGAAAAGGCUGUGGAGCGGGGUCGGCACAGAUGCAGUCAAUCUGGUCAUAGCAGCUCUGCUCCACAUACUAGGUUCAUGCAACAACGCCAUGCCUCUUCUGUUUCUUCCUUCACAAUUAAGAGAAUGGUUGCUGAGGGAGCCUGGAUGCCUGCAGUGGGUAAUGUUGCUACAGUGAUGUGCUUUGCCAUUUGCCUGAUCUUGAAUGGUCACCUCACUGGUGGCUCAAAUCAGGCAAUAUUCUUCCUUGCUCCUAUUUUACUGCUUCUUAACCAGGACUCGGAUUUCAUUGCUGGAUUUGGGGACAAGCAGAGGUAUUUCCCUGUUACAGCAGCCAUAUCGGCCUACUUGGUGUUGAUGUCACUGUAUACCAUAUGGGAAGAUGUCUGGAAUGGAAAUGCAGGCUGGGGAAUUUAUGUUGGUGGUCCUGGUUGGUUCUUUGCCGUCAGGAACCUAGCUGUGUUGAUCCUAACAUUCCCCAGUCAUAUCCUUUUUAACCAGUUUGUGUGGAGUUACACGAAGCAGACAGACUCGACACCACUUCUAACACUACCCCUGAAUCUGCCUGCCAUCAUAAUAACUGAUGUGAUAAAGAUUAGGAUUCUGGGGGGAUUAGGAAUUAUUUAUUCAGUGGCCCAUUAUUUGAUCUCUAGACAGCAAUAUAUCUCUGGAUUGAAGUAUAUUUAGAAAAAUUGAUACUCUUUACAAUGUGUUCUGGCAAUUUUCAAAUGAGAAGUUAAAGUUGAGGUUGGUUUUCACAUG